AUGAUGAUCACUAGCGAAUUUGGUAGCAGAAGUUUUGGUAGAAUGGUGGGUGUGAAGCCAGAUUGCAAUGGGUUAGUGAAUUUAUUGGAUUCACGUACUGUCAUGGGGGACCUGGGAUGGAUUGCUUUUCCAAAAAAUGGGUGGGAAGAGAUUGGUGAAGUUGAUGAAAAUUAUGCCCCUAUCCACACAUACCAAGUAUGCAAAGUUAUGGAACAGAAUCAGAAUAACUGGCUUUUGACCAGUUGGAUCUCCAAUGAAGGUGCUUCCAGAAUCUUUAUAGAACUCAAGUUUACUCUGCGGGACUGCAACAGCCUUCCUGGAGGACUGGGGACCUGUAAGGAGACUUUUAACAUGUAUUACUUUGAGUCAGAUGAUGAGAAUGGGAGAAACAUCAAGGAAAACCAGUACAUCAAAAUUGAUACCAUUGCUGCAGAUGAAAGUUUUACAGAACUUGAUCUUGGUGACCGUGUCAUGAAACUCAAUACGGAGGUCAGAGAUGUAGGACCUCUCAGCAAAAAGGGAUUUUAUCUUGCUUUUCAAGAUGUGGGUGCUUGCAUUGCUCUGGUUUCUGUGCGUGUGUACUAUAAAAAGUGCCCUUCUGUGGUACGGCACUUGGCUGUCUUCCCUGACACGAUCACUGGAGCUGACUCUUCGCAGUUGCUCGAAGUGUCGGGCUCCUGUGUCAACCAUUCUGUGACAGAUGAACCACCCAAAAUGCACUGCAGCGCUGAAGGAGAGUGGCUGGUGCCCAUCGGGAAAUGCAUGUGCAAGGCAGGGUAUGAAGAGAAAAAUGGCACCUGUCAAGAUUAG